AAACUCCAGACCAGGUGGUGGCGGUAGUGCGCCAUUCUGUUGCUUUUCAACCAUCAUACUAACAACACCUGAAGAAGAAGAAAGGCGCUUCAGUGCACAUCAAAAUGUCUUCUCCGAAAACUCUCCCUAAAGACGCGCAGGUGAUGAUCCAGAUCCUGAAGGACAUGGGGAUCACGGAGUAUGAACCCAGGGUCAUCAACCAGAUGCUGGAGUUCACCUACAGAUAUGUGACCACCAUCAUAGAAGACGCCAAGAUCUAUGCUACCCACGCCAAGAAGUCCACGGUGGACGCCGAUGACAUCAAACUGGCCAUCCAGUGCAGAAUGGACCAGUCCUUCACCUCGCCGCCGCCACGAGACUUCCUCCUGGAGGUCGCCCGGCAGAAGAACCAGACCCCCCUUCCUCUCAUCAAACCGUACUGCGGCCCGCGGCUCCCCCCCGACCGCUACUGUCUCACGGCGCCCAACUACAGGCUGAAGUCCAUCCAGAAGAAGGUAUCGUCAGCUGGCAGGAUAUCCGUGCCUCGCCUCAGCGUCGGUGCUGUCUCCAGCAGGCCCACCACCCCCACCCUCGGAACGCCGUCUGCCGCCAAAGCCGGAGCGCCAGUGUCUCUGACAGGUCAGAGGUUCACCGUUCAGAUCCCCCCCUCCUCCCAGACGACCGUCAGCAAAUCCACGACGCCGUCCACGCCCGCCGUCUCCAACGUGCUCAUCAACCCGUCUCUGAUCGGCUCCAAGAACAUCCUCAUCACCACCAACAUGGUGUCACAGAGCGCCGCCACAGACUCUCUGAAGAGAAAGCACGAGGACGACGACGACUACGACACUUUAUGACGGUCCAACUGCCGUCUGCAGCAGAACCAACCGACCCGCUCCGGGCCGGCUAGAACCCCUUUUUGGUAGUGUGUAGAACGCGAGUAACUCUGUCCUCCUGUUGGGACGCUGUCUCUUUUUCAAUCGGCUCUGGUCCGGUCAGAACAGAACAGGGCCCAACAAGAAUUGGGUCAAUAAUCCUGAAAACCUUUGUCAUGUCAACAACAACAACCUGGAAUGCUUCCAGCCUGGAUGGUUAAAGAGUCCUGCAGAUGAAGAGGUUUGACAGUCCUCCUUUUCGUCAGAUCUUUCAAGCCCCGCCCUUUUUCUGGAACCUGGACACGCCCCAAACUACAGCAUAAUGUGUAGUCAUCACAUGAAAAAAACCCAAAAGAUUCUUAACCCUCUGAAGGCCAGUAUGUUUAUAUGAAACUUCUGUUUUAAGGAAUAAAAACAUGAAUCCUUUCUGUGA